CGUUAAAUUCUCGUUUCUAUAAAACUUCGAAACAAGGCAAACUAGGGUUUCUAUCGCGAUCGGCUGCUCCAGUCUCCAGCCUUCAAGCCCCAGACCCGCGAAAAUGCCGUCACACAAGACCUUCAGGAUCAAGAAGAAGCUGGCGAAGAAGAUGAGGCAGAACAGGCCCAUCCCUCACUGGAUCCGCAUGAGAACUGACAAUACCAUCAGGUACAAUGCGAAGCGCAGGCACUGGCGCCGUACCAAGCUAGGGUUUUGAGCUGGAAGAAAUGAUUUGAAGUUUGAGCUGUUUAAGUGCUUUUUAGUUUUUAAUUUUGCGAGACUUUAAAAUAUUCACAAGUCUUACUUAGAUGUGAAUUUGAAGGGAUUGCUGUUUAAUUUUGAGUUUGCUUUUAUAUUUCAACAAAUGGCUAAGACUGAUUCAGGCUAAUGUGAUAGUCUUUGACGUUUA